CGCUGUCCGAUCCGAGAAGCGGGAGCGAAAAGCCUUCCUCUCUCCAGAAUCUCUUGUCGCCGUGGGCGGCGGCCAUAUUGCUGGAUGUUGGCCUUGUUUUUUGCUGCUCUCCGGCCGCGGCGUCUGGCCGCUAACCAGCACAAACUUGAGGAAGCGUAACCAGUGGAGUAGCCAUCCCUGUUGAAAGGCACCGCUGCUCGAGGCUUCCGAAGUGCGAGCGCACGCUGCGUCCCCCGAUAUAUCGUGUCCGUCGAGCCGGGAAGACAUGUCCGUCACCGGAGCCGGCGGCUACUCGGCACCCAACGAAGCAUCGAUGCUCCCCAGGCGCUCAGACAAUCAAGUGAAAGCGGUGCUUGUGCGACAUCGAAUUUCGGAUUUGUGCUAGCUAGUGCACCACAGACUACCAUCGCGGACCCACGAUUCUGACCUGGGAUAAUCGAGGUCGGCUAAGCCUAAAUGUGUUGACUUUUGAUCUGGAUGCCGGCGACGAGCAGAUGGAGGGUGUCGGCAUGGCGGCAGCUCUUCACUGCUAGGAAAGUGACUGCUGGCAGUAGGCUAGAAUCAUCAUGGAGACCAACCCAUUUUUUCGAGGAAUCCUUGGCCAGGCUCUUCCACGACCUCUCCUCAGGCCACCUCCCGAGCCAAGAAGACGUCAUGAACGACCUGAGCCUUCCAUCGUUGCCUUGGACACAAUGGAAGUGGAGGAUCUUAGUAUCAAGAAAGAGCCUGUGCCAGCAGUGGCUCCUGUGCCAGCAGCACCAUUGCCGGAAGUGGUACGCAGUUCAGGAGGGAGGCGCAAGGCAGGCUUGGGCCCUCAGCGGCUCGGUCCCGACGACGUAAUUGUGCUCUCGGACGAGGAGAAUGGCCGCCUCAACGGCCAUCGGCUUGUCAACGGGGCUACUGGUAGCAGUGGAUGGCAGAUGCAGCCUCCGCCACAACCGCCCCCGACACCACUUUCUCAGCAGGAGCUGGCUGCACGCAGGGCACUGGUGCGAAGCCUGCGCCAGGAGUUGCGCAAUGAAGAGAUGAAGUUGGUGCUGCUCAAAAAGGUGCGUCAGAGUCAACUCCUGCAAAGGCAGGAGCCAGCACGGCCUGCACAACCAGCAGCGCCACCCAACAUGCCAUCAGCCCGAGCGUCAACAGUGGUCCCAACGGCAGCACCUCCCCUGGCGCCCCCACCUCGAAGUGCCCCGACUGUGGUGGCCAAUCCAGGCCAGAGCCUCGGUGCAUCAGGCAAGAUGGCACUGAGCAACCACCACCACCAUCAUCACCACCACCACCAUCACCACCACCAUCAUCAGCAACAGCAGCAACACCACCAUCAGCAGCCGCCACAGACACAUCAGGGGUCCAAUAGUCGAGCCACACCAGACCUGGUGGGCGUCAAUGCCAGGCUUCGCAACCAGGGCCCAUCCCCAAGCAGUGCACUUCAAGGAAGCCUUAGCUCAGGAACUGCUUUGCGAGCAGGUAGUAACAGCGCAAGGUAGCUUGGACAGUUGCAGCAGAACGUGCUCAGAUUGCCUGCCAAUGCGGCCAGCGCAGCGGGCAUCAACAACAUGGCCGGUUCCCUGUCCCGAACAUUGUCCCAUGGCUCGCAGCACUUCAGUGGUAACCAUGCCGCUCCAGGAGCUCACCAGGUUGGCAGCACAGCCAAUCAGCCACCGCAGCCUCAGGGAACGCCACCAGGCCUGUCUGCAGCUGACAACCAGAGCCCUGCUCAGCGCCAGGCCGCAGCCAAGUUGGCUUUACGCAAGCAGCUAGAAAAGACGUUGCUCCAGAUUCCACCACCUAAGCCACCUCCGCCAGAGAUGCACUUCGUGCCCAAUGCCAGUAGUCCUGAGUUCGUGUACUUGCUUGGACUGGAGACUGUGGUGAGCUUCCUGACAGACGGGGAGGCAAGCUCACGCGCUGCACCUCCUGAGCCAUUUGCGUGCAGUCAGUGCGGUCUGGACUUCACGCCCGUGUGGAAGUGGCAGGACACUCGGCGCGCCGGUCGGCCGUCAGUCAUCUGCGAGGCCUGUGUCACCUCAAACCUGAAAAAGGCGCUCAAGGCGGAGCACACGCAUCGUCUCAAGACCGCCUUUGUCAAGGCCCUACAACAGGAGCAGGAGAUUGAGCAGCGACUUGCCAGUGGUGCAGCACCGUCACCUCCACCGUCGUCGACGCCUCCACCUGCCGCGCACUCGCCGCGACUAGGAACGGCGGCGGGCAGUGGCGGCUUCCUGCCCAAGCUGAGUGCCCAGCAACUGCUUCAGGCCCAGCAGCUGCAGCAGCUAGCAUCACUGCCUGGGGCAUCUCAGCACCAGGCCGCGAGUGGUACACCUCAGCCGGCCCACGUGCUGCCCUUUGGACCCCUCCUCGCUGCGUAUUCUUACCAGAUGCUGAGUGCUGCCGGUGCGGCAGGUGCGGCGGGAAAGCUACCACCCACGGCAGACCUGCAUCGGCAGUACCUGCUAGACAUGAUCCCACCUCGUUCGAUGGCUCAGGGCUCGCUCAACUGGAAGACGUGAUGACACAGCCUGUCCAGCUAAUGAGUGAUGUCCAUUUUCUUCUGGAGGCACCUCUGGAGCACGUCAGCGACAGUCUCUCUUUCUCUCCCUAAGGUACUGGCUAUAUUAUUGGGUGGGUGGAGGUGGUGUGGCUGCGGUGAUCAAGAGGUGCAUCGGUUAGUGCUGCGGUUGUGCCCAGUGUGUAGUCCUGUCUGCCCUGAUGGUGGCCCACAGUGCUGACUGUAUUUGAAUAAAAUAACUCGGGCGUGACAGCCCCCUCCCGUGUGUGGUGGAGAUGAUGCUUUUCACACACGUUCUUCGUAAAGACUGUGGCAAGAACGACUUUUGCAUAUUUCUCAGUGCAAAUGUGCACGUGUUGAGGACAUUAUUGCCUGAUUUCUUAUUGUCUGUAAAGGCAGUAUUUAAGCUCUCUAAGUUCUUUACUUCCCCUUCUCUGCCAACCUUUUCUCUCUCCACAUUUCUUUCCCAUAUGUGUGCGAGUAUAUAUAUGUGUGUGUGUGUGUGUGUGUGGCACGCGUGUGCAUUGCAGUCUUCGUGUCCGCACUAGCAGUGAUGGGAAUCUACAGUGCUGCGGGUGCCGCUUUGUUUUUGUUGUCACCACGCAAAAUACCCGGAGUUGGGGCUGUGGAAACCAGUUAGCCUGGGACUAAGGAUUUUGUAAACGGAGAUUCUGGAUAACAGCUUCAAUAAAGGGUGAUCCAGUGGAGGGAAGCCCUCCGAAACCUC